AAACAAAGUAUUUAGUAACCUCAAUACAUUCAAAUAGGGAAAACAAUAAGGGUUUCAGCUCCUUGGCUUAAAAAAUUCUGUAUAGUGGAAGAUCAUACAAGUUCUUGUCAUGUUGUAAUUAUACCACGCUCUGAUGAUGUCUUUCUUGGUGUUACUAUACAGCCAAAUAAUUGGAAUAAAGAAGUCAGUGAGAUUGACAAACAAACAAUUAUGGAUGCAUGUUGUCGCGUAAUUCCACGCUUAAAGGAGGCUCCAGUAUUAGAAGACUGUGUUGGUCUGCGACCCAUGAGACAAACUGUAAGACUGGAAAAAGAUAUUCUAAGAUGUGGAGACAAGACAAUCAAGGUGGUUCAUAACUAUGGUCAUGGUGCCAAAGGAGUGUGCUUCAGUUGGGGAUGUGCAAUACAGGCUACAAAACUAGUCAAGGAAUUGUUAUCAAAAGUGGGACCAUAAGACCAGAAAUGUAAUUUAAUAAUCUAUUUUAAUCAACAAAUAAAAAAAAAAUUCAUUU